AGAAAUCGUCCAGCUAUGUAAAAGUUUACAUGUAGCAUUCUGUCACUUGGAUUCUAUCUAUUAAGUCAAAGGGAUGGGGUUUACUCCAGGGAGACACAGAAUAUUUAUACUAUUCUUCAUAAUUUUCUUAUCAGGUGGAUAUUUUCGAUGGGUUGAGGCCCAGCACUGUGUGUGGUACGGCGAGUGUGGCGAAUCAGCGAAGGUACCUGGGAAAAAGUACAACUGCAACUACACCGGGCCCCCUAUUCCUCUACAGCCUGAGGGUUAUGAGCUUCUCGGGGAGCUGUGUCCAGGGUUAGACUAUGGAGACCGAAGUCUUUGCUGUAACGUUGACCAGCUGCGCACACUCAAAGGGAGUCUUCAGCUGCCCCUUCAGUUCCUGUCUCGGUGUCCCUCCUGUUUUUUUAAUCUGAUAAACCUCUUCUGCGAGCUGACAUGCAGCCCCCACCAGAGUCGGUUUAUGAACUCCACCAAUUUUGAUGGCCCCAGCGUGGUCCAAGUGACGUACUACAUUGGAAAAACCUUCACUAAUGCCAUGUACAAUGCCUGUCAGGAUGUCCAGCUACCUUCUAGCAACGUCAAAGCCUUAUCAAUGCUAUGUGGCAGGGAUGCAAAAGAAUGCAACGCAACUAACUGGAUCGAGUACAUGUUCAGUACUGACAAUGGACAGGCUCCCUUUGAUAUUAAACCAGUAUUCUCAGAUGUGCCAGUAUCUCAAUACACUCCCAUGAACAACAAGACAUACGCCUGCUCAGAGGGCUUAGAUGACGGUUCGGGUCCCUGCUCCUGUCAGGACUGUGCGAAUGCCUGUGGCCCCAAACCUGUUCCUCCUACUCCUCCGCCUCCCUGGACCAUCUUUGACGUGGAUGCCAUGUAUGUCAUCAUGUGGAUCUCAUAUUUGGCAUUUCUGCUGGUCUUCCUUGGAGCUGCGUUUGUAGCUUGGUGUUACAGGAAAACAACUAUCCAGUCAGAGUAUGGCCCCAUUUUGGACAGCAACAACGUCCUGUCCCUCAACAACGAUAAUUCUAAUCAAGUAAACGCAUCAUGCUGUGAAACGCUUGGUGAACGUUUUGAGAAUGUCCUGCGAACGUUCUUCAGCUGCUGGGGUUCCUUCUGCGUUCGUCAUCCGGCUGCUGUCAUAUUGGCCAGUAUUGUGCUGGUGAUCGCUGCCUCCUCGGGCUUGGUCUACAUGCGUCUCACCACAGACCCAGUAGAGCUUUGGUCGUCCCCCUCGAGCCAGGCUCGACAAGAGAAGGACUAUUUUGAUCAGCACUUCGGCCCCUUCUUCAGGACGGCACAGCUCAUUAUAACCACCCCGAUCGACGACAAUUAUACCUACUCUCCGUAUUAUCCAGGACCAGAUGUCCCAUUCAAAGCCAUCCUGUUCAAAGACAUCCUGCACCAGGUGCUGGAUCUACAGCUCCAAAUCGAAAACCUUGAAGCUACAUAUCAAGGUCAAAAGGUUACGUUGAAGGACAUCUGCCUGGCUCCCCUGGCCCCAUACAACAAUAACUGCACCAUCUUAAGUGUUCUCAACUACUUUCAGAACAGUCACGCUGUCCUGGAUCACAGUGCGGGAGAUGAGUUUUUUGUCUAUGCUGACUACCACAGCCACUUCCUCUACUGUGUCAGCGCGCCAGCAUCGCUCAACGACACUACUGCCCUCCAUGAUCCCUGUUUAGGGACCUUCGGUGGUCCCAUCUUCCCCUGGUUGGCCCUUGGCGGUUAUGAUGAUACAAACUACAACAAUGCUACUGCUCUCGUUGUCACCUUUCCCCUUAACAACUACCUGAAUGAAUCUGAGAAAAUGAACAGAGUCCUCGCUUGGGAAAAAGAAUUCAUCAGUUUCAUGAAGAACUAUUCAAACCCCAACCUGACCAUCGCCUUCAGCUCCGAGAGGAGCAUUGAAGAUGAAAUCGACAGAGAGAGCGACGGCGACAUCAGCACCAUUGUCAUCAGCUACGCCAUCAUGUUCGUCUACAUCUCUCUGUCCCUCGGUCACAUCCACAGUUGCAGAAGACUUUUGGUGGACUCCAAGAUAUCUCUGGGCAUAGCAGGUAUCUUUAUUGUGCUGACCUCUGUAUGCUCCUCACUGGGGAUCUUCAGCUAUGCCGGUGUACCCCUCACGCUCAUUGUGAUCGAGGUCAUCCCUUUCCUUGUGCUGGCUGUUGGAGUUGACAACAUUUUUAUUAUAGUGCAAACAUAUCAGAGGGAUGAGCGACUGUCACAUGAAGAACUUCACCAGCAGAUCGGCCGUAUUCUUGGAGACAUAGCACCCAGCAUGUUUCUGUCCUCCUUCUCAGAGACUGUGGCCUUCUUUCUGGGUGCCUUGUCUAACAUGCCAGCAGUGAGGACUUUCUCCCUGUUCGCUGGCCUGGCUGUUUUCAUCGAUUUCCUGUUGCAGAUCAGUUGCUUUGUCAGCUUGCUCGGCUUGGAUGCCAAAAGGCAGGAGGAAAACCGACUUGACAUCUGCUGGUGUGCGAAACUGAGCGAAGGUCAGGAAGUCAAAACGGAAGGCUUCCUCUUUUGCUUUUUUAAGAAAAUCUACGCUCCGCUCAUCCUGAAAGAUUGGGUUCGACCAAUUGUUGUGGCAGUGUUUGUGGGUAUGCUGUCCUUCAGUAUAGCUGUGAUACAUAAAGUGGACAUUGGACUGGACCAGAAAUUAUCCAUGCCUGAUGACUCGUAUGUUUUGGACUACUUCAAGAACUUAAGCGAGUAUCUCCACACUGGAGCUCCUGUGUACUUUGUUGUGGAGGACGGACUGAACUACAGCAGCCUGGAGGGCCAAAACUGUGUGUGCGGAGGAGUGGGCUGUAACAAUGACUCUUUGGUCCAGCAGGUCUACCAAGCUUCGCUUAUCAGCGACUAUACAACCAUUGCCAGCACACCAUCUUCUUGGCUGGAUGACUACUUCGACUGGGUGAAACCUCAGUCAACCUGCUGUCGCUACUACAACGAAACUGGGGCCUUCUGCAACGCCUCAGUGGUGAAUUCGUCCUGUGUAUCUUGUCGACCGAUGACUCCAAGUGGAAAGCAAAGACCUGUAGGAGAAGACUUCAUGCACUUUCUACCCAUGUUUUUGUCAGAUAAUCCUAAUGUCAAGUGUGGAAAAGGAGGCCACGCAGCUUAUGCCACGGCAGUCGAUCUGUAUCCCAAUGACACCGGCGUCGGAGCCACUCACUUCAUGACGUACCACACCAUCUUAAAGGAGUCUCCGGACUAUAUAGACGCUUUGAAAAUGGCUCGAACCCUGGCUAGCAAUAUCAGCCAGUCCAUUGAUCACAAAGUUUUUGCCUACAGCGUCUUCUACGUGUUUUAUGAGCAGUACCUCACCAUUGCCUACGACACGGCUCUGAACCUGUGCGUCUCACUUGGCGCCAUAUUUGUGGUGACUACGGUGCUGCUGGGCUUUGAGAUGUGGUCAGCUGUGAUGGUCACCAUCACGAUCGCCAUGAUCCUGGUCAACAUGUUUGGCGUCAUGUGGCUGUGGAGCAUCAGCCUUAACGCAGUAUCCCUUGUCAACCUGGUCAUGAGCUGUGGGAUCUCCGUGGAGUUCUGCAGCCAUAUUGUGCGCGCGUUUUCCAUCAGCGUGAAGAGUACCAGAGUGGAGCGUGCCGAGGAGGCCCUGGCUCACAUGGGCAGCUCUGUAUUCAGUGGGAUCACAUUAACAAAGUUUGGAGGGAUCUUAAUCCUGGCACUUUCCAAGUCGCAGAUCUUCCAGGUGUUUUACUUUAGAAUGUACCUGGCCAUUGUCCUGCUUGGAGCGACACAUGGCCUCAUCUUCCUCCCAGUUCUUCUAAGCUAUAUAGGUCCGUCUGUGAACAAAGCCAAGGUGUUUGCUGCUAACCAGCGUUAUAUCGGUACAGAAAAGGAGCAUCUCCUCAACUACUAGUGAUGUUUGGGAACUAACUGAAGGACUGUGAGUGUGUGCAUCAGCUGUUUCUGUGCUCAGUAACACGCUUAUCAUUGCAACUACUAUGCAUGGAUGGAACUCAGGAACAGAGCAGGAAAUGAGUGCCAGAGGUUUAGUCCAAAUGCAUCGUUUGAUUUUCCUCCAAAGACUCCGAUCGGUCCCAUUCCUCACACUGCAGGACAAACAAGACUUCAGUAUCUGAAGCAGGAACAAGAAACCACAGAACGGACUGUUUCGCAGAUGACAGGCGACCCUCAGCCUUUCAGUGAUGGUGAGAGAUGUUUGGAUUUUUUAAUGGGUAAAACUGGUCUGGUUUUAUAAAAUUGUAAAGACCAGAAAAAUAAUAUGUAAUUUUUUGUAUUUUUUGGGUCAUUAAAGCUGAACUUUUGUAUACAAUAACUAUAUGUAAUUAUAAGUCAUAUAUUGAGCGGAAACAGUCGUAUAAUGAAGCCGAGAUCUAAAGAAGAAGGGAAUCCCAAGCCCUUCAAAAACCUGGAUUUACCUUGAACACUUCCCCAGGCUUCGUUAGCAGACUGUAUUAUAAAGCAGAUUAGCUAAAAGUACAUUUCUUCUGCAGCUUUUAACUGUCAGGACAUUUUUUUUUUGACUCAGAAACCAUUUUUGUAGUUUUUAUAUUUGAUAUAUAAAUACAGAAACUGAUUUCCAUGCAUCAGUUAAUAAAUUGAUUCUUACAAUCUGUCCCAUAGACACUGCUUCCUGCAUUCCCUCACACACUUUCUGUUUAUUUAUUUCCACAUUGUUUACAUUAUCCAAGUUUCAUUUUAAAACGCACACAGGACCGGAUCGAUCAGCUGUCGAGCUGCAGCUUAAUGCCAAGUGUGAAUGUAGUGGUGCUGAAGAUAGCUUUGUGUUGAGACAUUUUAGAGUUACUGAAUGAAGAGUUUGCAGAAUCAGUAAGUGGACAGAAAAACCUUUAAUAAUAAACUGUAAAAAGAGUAGUCAUAGGACGAAUUAAGUUUAAUU